AUGUCGUCGUUGUCGAAUUCGGCCAGCCCUUCAUCCUCCGCUUCCUCCACCGCCGCCUUCCCCGCCACUCGGCCCGCCACUGCUCUCAGGCCUCAUGCGAGUUCGGAAAAUUUACAGGCCACCGAGGCUGCACGCGAUCAACGCUCCGAGCGAAGACGGUCCACUGUCACAGGGUCAGAUCGGAAGAGAAGGAUAGUCAGUUUGGAGGGGGAGCUGUGGCCCCGUGGCCCCGGAUCCCAGUCGUGGACAACAGAAGCUGGUCCGAGUCGCCAAGCAGGAACAAUGGAUAGCAGGUCGUUGCCUCACCGAUCGACUCAGUCACAACAUCCUGCCAUGAUGAUGCCUGGCUCUUCCUUUGCUACUCCGAUUGAUCUGUCCUCCUCACCGCCGGGUGCGCCCCCGAAUGAUCCUCGUCGAAGUUCAUGGUCCCGAACCCAGGAUAACUACGUGGAAUAUGUUCGACCGCGGUGGCAGCCUGAUACUGAGGUCACCAACUGUCCGAUCUGUGGGACCGCGUUCAGUUUUUGGUACAGGAAGCAUCACUGCCGGAAAUGUGGUCGGGUUGUCUGCGCGUCAUGCUCACCCCAUCGGAUCACUAUUCCACGACAGUUCAUAGUGCGCGAUCCCACCCGCUCCCCCGCAGCCGCGUUGGUUCCUCCCCGUGCUGCUUCGGCUUUCCAGUCCGGAGGGGACGAUGCGGUCCACUCGCCAACAACAUUAAAUCCAGCCCUCGGCGGGGGUGAGGAACUCCAAACUGAACCUUUCGGGUCGCGACCAAGCCGGCAGACUGUUGGCGUCAGCGAUUAUUCAAGCUUGGGUGGAUUCGGAGGUCCAUUUGCCCCGCGAGUCCCCGGAAUGAACUACGGUGCAUUGGCAAGCCCUCGCUUUUCAUCUGGGUCGGUGAGCUCAUCCACACGCCCUCUCCCUUAUCCGACCGCUGGCAGCGCCAGCUCGUUGCCCGCGAUUCCUCACACCCAUCCGCCGUCGCAUACACGCCCGCCGCAUGUCCGCGAGCAGGACCUCUGUCCGAUCUGUGACUCUGAGCUUCCGCUUCUGGGAUCAACUGGCGGCGAAGAUGCCCGGGAAGCACACAUUCGGACAUGUAUUGAAAGUCAUGGUCGGCCCGGGCGCUCCAGUCCCCAGAGCGGCAGCCCCGUCCAGCCACAUCCUGCAGUUCGGCUAGUCACCUUCAAAGCCACGGAGAAGGACUGCAUUGGACACGAUGGUGGGCUGCAGGAGUGCACGAUUUGCAUGGAGGAGUACGAAGUGGGUCAGCCGCUCGUGCGGCUGGAGUGUCUGUGCAAGUUCCAUAAACGAUGUAUAGUCGAGUGGUUUGAGCGUAAGAAGGAGUGCCCAGUGCAUAAAAUCUCCUGA